UAGAUGCUUUUUCACAAUAUACCACUAUUACAACGUCGGUUUUAUAUAUAAUACAUGAUGAAUGACUCAAUAAAUAACAGCCCGAAAAUAAAAUUAAGACCUUCUCGCUGGCGUACGAAAGAGUUUUACUUUUAUUAUUUCUGUUUCUGCAUUGUUGUUCCGUACAUGUUCAAAGUGACACAUGACUUGAGCAAAAAGACACAUCCUAAUUAUCCGAAAUAUGAAUCGCUAUUAUCGAAAGGUUGGAUUUUUGGACGGCAGGUGGAUAACAGUGACGCUCAAUACGGCCAGUUCCGUGACAAUAUACCCAAACUCCUGCCGCUUGUAUUUACCCAUUUAAUAUUCAACAAAGCCAAUCAACACUACCAAUGGCUUUCCUCCAAGCUUAAAUUCUCUCUUUUAUCCUCCAUCAUCUGUAUUCUUCUACUCCACGGAUUCAGCACGCUCAAAAUCUUUUUUCUUGUUAGCAUCAAUUACAUUAUUGGUCGUCGUUUCAAGAGCUCAAAAUGGAACCCUGCUUUGACUUGGGCCUACAAUCUAUUCGUCCUUUUUAUUAAUGAAUACUACGACGGAUAUAGAUUUGAACAUAUGUUUGGUAGUGCGUUCCAAUGGCUAGAUCAAUGGGAGGGAUUUCAGGCACGCUGGCACAUUCUCUUUAAUUUCGCUAUGCUUCGAUUGAUUUCAUUCAAUAUGGAUUAUUACUGGGCAUGCAAUGAGCGAACAAAUAUAUCCACCGUGACAACCAGAAAAGUGAAGGGCCAUGAAAAACAAGUUUACGAACUGCCUCAUACAGAUAAAGAACGCGUUGUAAAGCCCUUGUUGGAUGAAGAUUACAACUAUUUUAACUUCUUGGCAUAUGUAUUGUACACUCCAUUAUUAUUAUGUGGCCCUAUCAUUACAUUCAAUGAUUUUAUAUCUCAGUUUAAAUAUCGCUCUAAGAACUUGACGAGGCGUUACAUUGCCUUUUAUACCAUUCGCCUCAUCUUUGUCAUUCUGUUGAUGGAAGUUAUAUUGCACUAUCUUUAUGUCGUCGCAAUCAGCAAAGCCAAAGCAUGGAAUAAUGAUACACCAUUAGAAUUAAGCAUGAUUGGGUAUUUCAAUUUGGUGAUUAUUUGGAUGAAACUGUUGAUUCCAUGGCGAUUUUUCAGGUUAUGGUCACUCAUGGAUGGUAUUUGGGUUGAAGAAAAUAUGGUACGAUGUAUGAGUAACAAUUUCUCGGCGCAGAGAUUCUGGAAAAGUUGGCAUCGAACAUUCAACCGCUGGACGAUUCGUUACAUUUAUAUUCCUUUGGGUGGAUCAAAGUAUUUUGUCUAUAGUAUAUGGGUUGUAUUCACCUUUGUUGCGUUGUGGCAUGAUAUUGAAUUGAAGCUGCUAGCCUGGGGCUGGUUAAUCUGCUUAUUUUUAUUACCAGAGAUCAUUGCAUCAAGGAUCUUUACUGAAAAGAAGUAUGGUGAUAGGUCUUAUUAUCGUUUUGUGUGUGGUAUGGGUGCUGUAGUGAAUAUUCUCAUGAUGAUGAUUGCCAACUUGGUGGGUUUCGCUGUAGGACUCGACGGUAUUAAGGAAUUGCUGCGUAAUAUUUUCGGAACUGUCAAUGGCUUAUCUUUCCUUAUUUCUGUGGCAAUAUGUCUUUUUAUUGCUGUACAAAUCAUGUUUGAAAUUCGUGAGGAGGAAAAACGAAGAGGUGAUCCCAAGUGGAAAAUGUGAACCGCGGUUAUUCAAUAGAGAUAGUAAAAGUGUAUUCUAUUGUUACAUUACACUUGUAUUUUUAUGAUUCAGUCGGUGGCAAGGUUUGUCCGAAGCCUGCAGUACCGUAUCGCCUUUGGUCUUACUUCUUCACAGUUUUGUCUCAAGCAGUCUAUGUCACCACGCUUUAUCAUCCUCGCUAAUAAAUCACAUUGUUAUAGUAUAAUUACAGAAGAAAAUGAAAUCAAGACGGGGUUGAGUGCCAUACGACCUGGAGAAUGAAUCUCUU